CGCUUUCUGAUUCAUUUCUCGUCGGUUAUCAGGCAGCGAGGGACGUUGCCAUGUCGCCACCUCAAGUUCGCGACACUUUGUGACCACAAGGCUUCACGAUCACACCCCGCUAUUUUCGAGCGUCGGCAGUCGAGAGGGCUGCUCCAUAUUAUAACACUGACUACCGAGUUCCCCCCGUCCUCGGCAGCCGAAUUCCAGAUGGUCAUGGCUGCUGCGGCCGCCAGAUGUUGAGUGGCGCGUCCCCUCAUCCCGCCUGCAGUGAAGCCAUGCGUCUUGUUUACUCUGGCAAAUGUCAAGUGGAGGGUUUGUGGUGGCUGGGUGUGGUGAGACUUUACGGGACGUAUAGCGCCAACGUUUGGCCAGGGUGCGGGAUGAAGGGCAUCACACGAGCGCACUUGCGCUAAUGGAUGACAGUCAACUUCUGGGCCCAGGUGAUAGCAGCGUUCGUGCGCCCCGAAAGAGAGGAAGCGCUCUCUAGCCAUGAGAGUUUCCUGUUCCACACAAUCUUUUCCUGACAGAUUUCCCGUCCCCCCCUCAAACAAAAGGCAGGAAUGCCCCCCCACACCACCCUCACAUCCCUCCCAAUGGAUGCGUGUCCGCGCAGCCGGCAGAUACACGCACGAUUGUUGCGCUGUUCUGUAGGACCAGGCGCACUUGGUGACGCAUUUGGCUGAUGUAAACAGAAGACGGUGUGCCACCCCGCUGCGAUCACAUACCCACACAGUCAUCUCGGACGAGGAUGUCUUGGACUUUCUCGAGUGAGGCAUGUCACUAGACUCUCUCCUUUUGGGAAUAUAUUCCAUCCAAAAAAAUACCAGAAUUAAAACCAAACCUGACAACUCUCCAACACUAAUGUCUAAAACGAAAAGAGGCGCUAUCAGUGGUGAGUGAAGACCAGUCCUUAUUUGAGCCUCCGUACGCUGCUGCGGCCCCUCUCCCUAAGACAGACAUGACUGCAUCUGGCACGCAGGACUAUGGCCAGAGUCACAAGAUCAACCCUCUGCCGCCACAGCAGGAGUGGAUCACUCAGCCUGUACGGGUCAACGUCAAAAGAGAGUACGAGCACAUGAACGGAUCCAGCAGGGAAUCACCGGUGGACUGCAGCGUGGGAAAGUGUAACAAGCUGGUGGGAAGUAACGACACCGCUCAGAUGAACUAUGCAAACUACAUGGAUGAGAAGAAUGCCCCGCCCCCAAACAUGACCACCAACGAGCGGAGGGUCAUUGUCCCAGCAGACCCCUCGCUGUGGUCGCAGGACCACGUGCGCCAGUGGCUGGACUGGGCCAUCAAGGAGUACGGCCUGUUGGAGAUCGACACUGCCAUGUUUCAGAACACAGACGGAAAAGAGCUCUGCAAGAUGAGCAAGGACGACUUCCUCCGGCUCACCAGCAUGUACAACGCAGAAGUGCUCCUCUCUCAUCUCAAUUACCUCAGGGAAAGUAGCUCGUCAUUAUCCUACAACGCACCAGCUCACGCAGACCCAUCGUCACGUCUGGCCGCCAAAGAAGACCCUUCCUAUGAUGCUGUGCGGCGGACGGGCUGGUCCAACAACAUGCACAAUGCUAAAGGGUCACCGGUGGUCAGUCAGAAUGUAACCAAGUCCACAGACGCGGCCAGAGCGCAGCCAGAUCCGUAUCAGAUUUUGGGUCCAACCAGCAGUCGGCUUGCCAACCCAGGCUCUGGUCAGAUCCAGCUGUGGCAGUUCCUGCUGGAGCUCCUCUCAGACAGCGCCAACGCCGGCUGCAUCACCUGGGAGGGCACCAACGGCGAGUUCAAGAUGACCGACCCGGACGAAGUGGCCCGGCGCUGGGGCGAGCGCAAGAGCAAGCCCAACAUGAACUACGACAAGCUGAGCCGUGCACUGCGCUACUACUACGACAAGAACAUCAUGACCAAAGUGCACGGCAAGCGCUACGCCUACAAGUUUGACUUCCACGGCAUCGCUCAGGCGCUGCAGCCGCACCCUACUGAGUCCUCCAUGUACAAGUACCCCUCGGACCUGGCCUACGUGCCCUCCUACCACAGCCACCAGCAGAAGGUCAACUUCGUGUCCCCUCACCCUCCGUCCAUGCCGGUCAGUUCCUCCAACUUCUUCGGACCCACCGCUCCGUACUGGAGCUCUCCCACUGCCGGCAUCUAUCCCAACCCCAACGUGCCUCGCCACCCCAACACUCACGUGCCAUCUCACCUGGGCACUUACUAUUAAACCCUGCUACCUGACCAUCCACUAAGUAGCUGCACUGCAGCCAAACGACUAAAUCGAUCGAUGUUGAAUUUCAUCGUGAAGGAUGAUGAAUUGGAAGAUGAUUUUAUAUUCGUAAGAAUCUAUUAACAACUGGAUGUGAUGGCUCCAAAUGGAAUACUACUUACCUUUCCAAGAUUGUUAUGAUUUUAUGGUUUGGACAUGCGUCGGAGUUGCCUGUGCCUUUAAGCUCUGUGCCGUUUAAACGUCCCAAGCCAAAGUUGGGAUGAAGGAAGGACUCCAGACAUGGACCUUUUUAUUUAUGGGUCUCAAUCUGCAUCCUCCGCAGUACAUCAUGUACAUAACGCUAUCAGUCAUCUGCUCCUUCCGCUGGGGUUUCCUAUUCCCACCACUUCCAGUCUUAUGCCUCCAUUGUCUGUCCGUCUGUGUGAGAGUCUUCUGGAAUUCGCUGGACAAAGGUGAGCUCUCCGCAGUUGGAAAUGCCUCAGCACUGAAUGAAAAUUGGCAACUGGAAUACGCCAUUUGCAGUUUAAUUUAACUGGAAGGUUUGAGAGGAGCAUGACUUAGCGCUGUACGCUGGCUGACCUGGGUCAGAUGCUUCAACAUGUGUUGUCGUACAGGACCGUGCGGAGGAAGCCGGUGGAAUGGAGGCCAUGUCCCACGUAAUUCACCCUCCAAUGUCCAAAAUGUUCUGUGGCCACAUAACCGAUGUGGAAUGCUCACUGUGUCGCUCCAUUUCAGCUGUUUCCAGAUGUUGUCGAUGGCCUGAGUCAGUACUAAUGUGAACGUUGUCAGGAUUGACCAGCAAGAUCAUGAAAAUUGUCAGAUUUGUUGCGACCGUAACAAGAUGGUGCCUUGGCUGCAGUGAUAGCCAACACACGUCGCCCCACACCAAAUACUUAGGCGGUCGAACUAGAGGAGUCGCUCAAUUGAAACAGAUCCCACGGCCACGUGAGUCAUGAGACAUCAUUUCCUCCCAGUACCACGGUUUUCAUCUCACAUCUCACCCAUUCCCAGGAGCCAGUCGCCUCCUACUGGGCCGUGAUCACCACCAUUCUGUGGGCCAGAGAGGUGUUGUUAGGGUUAUGGGUCAUAGUAGUGAUGGGCUCACGAGGCUUCAUGAAACGGUGUGCUUAUUUUCUGCUCUAAAAUCGUAGGAUUUAUACAACUGUUUCAAUGAAACCUAAUCCAAGUGCGCCAUCUAGUGGGCUUGGAAAUGAGGACAGUGUUUCAUGAAGCCUCUUCAUCACGAGGUUAGUGGACUGAUGACUACUAUUAUGGGUCUUGUUUCAGAGAAAUCUGAGCCAUGUUUUUUCCAGGCCAGCAAAAUGUUGCGAAAGUAUUGAAGAAAAUGAAAAGGAAAAGUUCCCUCACCACCUGGUUCAUCAUGGCUAUAAACAUUUGGAGGCUAUUUCAUCUAGUAGGGAGGUUAUGAUUCUGAGAGGAGCUCACAGCAUCAGAUACGAAUGCGUGUCCGAGACUGAACCAUCCUUCCAAGUGUAAAAGACGGACUCUGCUCUUUGUUGAAAAAAAAAAGACAGCUAUCAUGGUAUCUAUGCAGCAAAACCAUGGACCUACCUGGCAUAAAAAACGAUUUUUAGCAAAGAUGAAGGCCAUCAAAACCCGGUCCCUCGCUGAAGCAUUGAGAGUCACCAAGUUUAUGUUGUUUUCUGGCAGCUGAAUGUUAGCAAUUCAUCUGGAAACAUCCAAAAACUGAAUGAUUAUUGCAGGUUGAAGGAGGCUUUACGACAGAUGGGGAAGCAGAUGUGGUUGUUCUUCAAGGAGAAAGAAACAGUGUUGUUUCUUGUGAAAGUGCCAGUGAAGGACCAGUCAAAAUGUAGAAAACGUAUGUUUAUUUUGUGUUGUUUUGUCCUGCCACUCAAGCUGAUAGUGCGAGCUAGUUCGACCUAAAUCUAAGCAGCAAGUUGACUAUGAAACGUUUCCUCUCUGUGGUGGCAUUUAUUUUUUAAAAACCAUCAGUGUUUUGUUUUUAUUUUGGGCUGACAACAUCCGACAUUUUCUGAUUUUGGAAUAUAUGGUGGCAUUUUUGUCUCGUCCAGUCAGGCCGUACGGAGAAACGAGUUAGCGGUGAAGUGGCAUGUGUCCGGGGCUGGCUCCUAGUCUGAGAGAAGCACGUGGGUCGCUGAUAGGUUCUCACUGAGCCGCUGCCCAGGAGGAUGCACCCAACUCUGAAAGCAGGAGUUUCUUCUCAUCAUCAUGAAAACAUGAUGAUUCACGUGUUCAAACUGUUCGCAACAUUCCUCCACCAUUUCCUUCGAAUGGACACUUGAAAAGAAAAGACUCUGGGCUUAGCAGUGUGCCAGUCAUGAAGACCAAUGAAGCGUAAGAAACAUCCUCAGAUUCGCAAACGCUGUGCGUUUGUCAGACCUAUCGUGUAUUAUUUUAUAAGCAUCAGUUAACUAGGCAUUAAAGCAACUUACUGUAUAAAUUAUGCAGAGAUAUUUUCAUAUGUGACGCAGUAUUAAAAGACGAAAAGAUAAAUACGAGUUGACCUCGGUCAAAAAUGCAAAACUUUUUGAGUCCACUCUGCUAAGUAGUUUGUUCAGCAUUUUCAACGGUUAUUUUUGUUCUUAUAUAUUUGUACAUUUGGGCAAUACUUUUUAUCUCUCUCUUAUUGUAACAACUUCUGAAAGCCUACUUGGUAUAUCGCAGGUGCCUUAACAUGCGUGAGCUCGCCCAAAGACUGGAAUCCCGGAGGUUCUGGGGUCGCUCUCUAAUAUAUGCAAGUUAAGCUGGUUCUUCUUUCCACUGUUCACGCCAAGAGAGCAAAGGAAGUAGUUCCUGUGCUCAUCAGGUUACUGAUGCAAAUACUUGUCUCACCAAGCAGUAUUAUUGUUACGCGUCAGUCCUCCGCCAGGAAGCUUCACUCAAACAUUUAUGAGGUGACCAUAUCGUCUCUGUUGUGAGGAAACUGCACCGCGAAAAUUUCAAUCAAAAGGGACAUGUGCUACUUCAUAUAUGCAAUGCAUUUUUGAUAUGAAAUACUAUAUGGAUAUCUAAAUAUGUGUGUAUAAUUUUGCAAUUAACCAAUGUAUUGUAAUUAAUAUUAUUGUAAUAUUGUCAUUCCUGCAAUGUAUGAAGUCAUUCCUUUUGAAAAAGGGCUUUUUGUACAGAACAAUGUGACAAAAUAAAUGUUUUACCUCUCAUGUUGUUUAUUUCUUCAACUCCUUCAACUAUAAACCAUCAUGAACGUUUUCCUUUCCUCGCUAUAGGCCCUUAAAUCCCAUCAUAUAUUGCAGCUGAAUGCUUUGGCAAAAGCAGAAAUGACACAAUUACGGGAGGAAUGGAAUUAAUCGCAUUUCAAUAUUUGACACUAGAGUGUUUUAAGGUGAAUCUGAAACUCAUGGACGAGUUCCUGCAUUUGAGUACUCACCGAUGUUGAGUACUAUUGCCAUCACACAAAAAGUUACUUUGAGUUUUUUCCCCCAUAUAUUGUCAUGAUUCCGCUUUUAUUUUGCUCCCGUGAGUCCUGUUUUGUUUUCUCCCUCCUUCCUUCCUGUUCCUGUGUCACACGGCUGGAGCCAAUCAUCCUCUGAUCACCUGAGUAUAAGAGCACCUGGACUCCAGCAACGUGCUCCAGAUCCACUCCUUUGUUCCUGUGGUGAACUGGCUCUUCUCGUCCAUUUGCUUUCCAGCUAGCAUAUUGUGAUUACUCCGUCUGAAACCCUGGUGCCUGAGCUAGUGUUCUGCUUCCUUCCUCUGUUUCCACCUGGUUUGUUCUGUCAUUGACUCUCUCUGUUCAUUGUGCUUUGUCUCUCUGUUUCCAGAUUUAAGUUUGUUUGACUCUCCCGGUGCGGUGACGCUUUCCGUUGGACUCUCAUUCAUGUUAAUGGACUUCUCCUGGUUUGGUGACCCUUUGAUUUUGGACAAUCUGACUUCACUUUGUUUCUCCCGGUUCAGUGACGCUUAAUGUUGUGGUUUUAUUGUUCUGUUGU